AUGCUCCCCACGCCCUCCACCUCCCACGUCCCUUACGCCCGCGUCUACGAACCCGCCGAGGACUCCUUCCUCUUCCUCGACACCCUCUCCUCCGCCUCCGAAACCGCCUUUCUCGCUGGCCGUUUCUCCUCACCUCCCUCCACUACCUCAACCAUUACCUCAACCACUACCUCAACCACUACGUCUACUACCACACCUGUUGCUAGUUCACCCACCCUCCUCAUCCUCGAAGUCGGUCCCGGCUCCGGCGUCGUCCUCGCCUUCCUCACCGCCCACGCCUCUCAUCUGUUUGGCGGCCGUCGGGAUGUGCUGACGCUGGGGGUGGAUGUGAACCGUGUGGCGUGUGAGGCGACGCGGGAGACGGUGCGGAGGGCUGUUGAUGAGGCUGAGCCCGAAGCUGAAGAGACUACUACUAGCGCUUCCGAUUCAGCAGCAGAACCAGAAGAUAAGGAAGGGAAGCCCAAAGCAGGCACCGGCUACCACCUAGGCACGGCCCAAGGCGACCUCACCACCGCCGUCCGCCCACACUCAGUCGACGUACUCGUGUUCAACCCGCCAUAUGUCCCGACUCCUGACGUCCCGCCGAUGCUUGCUAGCACCACCACCAUCACCACCACCACCACCACCACCGCCAGCAACACCAUCAGCAGCACCACCGGCACCAGCAGCAGCACAAGCAGCGCCUUUGAAGAAGACUCCCGCCUCCUCGCCCUUUCCUACGCUGGCGGCCGGGACGGCAUGGAAGUCACCGAUCGACUGAUUGAUGCGCUGCCGGAGGUGUUGUCAGAGCGCGGCGUGGCGUAUUUACUGUUGUGUGCGCAGAACAAGCCGGAGGAGGUGAAGGGGAGGAUUCGGGGGAUGGGGGGAGAGGGAGGAGAUGUGAGAGAAUGGAGGGCAGAGACGGUGGGAACGAGUGGGAGACAGGCGGGGUGGGAGAAGUUGCAGAUUGUGAGGAUAUGGAGGGAUUAG